GGGAGGCUGCAGACCUUCUGUGUACGGAGACUCAAGAAGUCAUAGAAGCCCCUGGAUGGGGAAUAUUCCAGGGGCCACAGUCUGCAGAAGGUGCAGGGGCCAAUCCUGGGACUCACAGACCCGGCAUUUAUAUGGGGAUUGGAUUACAUGUAAUGACCUUGUCCAUUCUGGAAGAGUUGAGCAGUGAGAAUCUACUGAACACACACGGCUCUGCUGCAUCUGAAAGUCUAGGACCCUCCAGCUGUACGAUUCUGAAGUAACCAUGUGAUUGCCUCGACCUCAGGCAUGGACAACGUUACGUCAGUUCCUAUCGGGAACAAUUCAUGUACUUUCCAUGAAGAAUUUAAGCAAAUCCUUCUACCUGUGGUCUACUCCGUGGUCUUGGUCUUCGGUCUACCACUCAAUUUUAUUGUGAUCCUUCAAGUGUGUCUUUCAAGAAAGGCGCUCACCCGUACGGCCAUCUACACCCUCAAUCUAGCGGUAGCUGAUUUCCUAUAUGUGUGCUCCCUCCCUCUUCUCAUAUAUAAUUAUGUUCAGCAUGACUAUUGGCCAUUUGGAGACUUCACUUGCCGUUUUGUCCGGUUCCAAUUCUACACCAACCUCCAUGGAAGUAUCAUGUUCCUCACCUGCAUGAGCUUCCAGAGAUAUAUGGGCAUCUGCCACCCCUUAUCUGUGUGGCACAAGAAGAGGGGCAAAAGGUUCACAUGGGUGGUCUGUGGGAUAGUCUGGUUUAUUGUCAUUGUCCAGUGUAUACCCACCUUCCUCUUUGCAUCUACAGGAACCCAGAGGAAUCGGACAGUCUGCUAUGACUUGAGCACUCCAGCCUUAUCCUCCCGGUAUUUCCCAUAUGGCAUAACAUUGACUUUCACUGGCUUCUUGAUUCCUUUCAUUGCCAUUUUAGUUUGUUAUUGUGCCAUGACCAAAAUCCUCUGCCAUAAGGAUGACCUUGCCCAUGUGGCAACACGUCGAAAGAAGGACAAAGCCAUCCGUAUGAUCAUCAUCGUGGUCAUGGUGUUUGCCAUAAGCUUCUUUCCUUUCCAUCUCACCAAAACCAUCUAUUUGGUUGUACGUUCCAAGACAGGGGUUCCAUGUUUAGUGCUGCAAACUUUUGCCAUUGUGUAUAAAUGUACAAGGCCCUUCGCCAGCAUGAACAGUGUCCUCGACCCCAUCUUGUUCUAUUUUACCCAGCAGAAAUUUAGGCAGAGCACCAAAGUAUUGGUAAAGAGGUUCACCAGCAAAUGGAAGGGUGAAACAACCAAUACUCAACAAUGACAGUGUCAUGUGCCGGUGGCCCAAGGCAGACCUCUGGGACGUCAUGGAAACAGGACACAGGCAAAACAGACCAAGGACCCACAGAGAACUUUAUUACAAGUGCAAUAAAAGCACAUGACUGAAAGCAGGUUAGGCAAUAGUGGUAGCACUACCAUGGAACCAAGUGCAGACCAGAGGCAAAACCCAGAGGGCGGAGAGCCAGUAAUCCGUUCUUCACAGAGCCCCUGGUGGUAGGGGAUGAACUGGGCCAAGGGCUCACUGGUCGCGCCUCCAGGAAGGUUCCGGUACACUUGGCCCCUACCUGCAGAGAACCAGGCUGGUGAAACCACCAGCGGAAAGACAACAAAACUGGAACCCAAGCAAACACAGGACAUAGAACAGACAACAAGACGAACAGGAACCAGCACAGAAGCAGAUGCCUGGAUCCCAAGCGGAAUGAAAGCAUGGCGGUCUCAGGCAGAGCUGCACACAGACUAGAGAUCCACACAGACUAGAGAUCCUCCAUCCGGAGAACCCAAGGACCCUCUCAUGAAGGCAGGACAGACACAGGAACAGAAGCAUAAGGAACAAAAGGCAGACAAUAACAGACAAGGAUCAGAAGCAGUAGGCACUGGCAGGCAGGACAUAGGACAGGAUCAGAAGCAGUUUAGCACUGCCAGGCAGGACAUAGGACAGGAUCAGAAGCAGUAGCCAUAGCCAGGCAGGA